GCUUCGUCGCAGUAUAAAGUUAACGACGAGCUGCGAUUUUCACUCAGUUUAUACUGUUACACUUUUGGAAAAACAACCGAAAGCAGGCGAAAGUCGAACGAAAGUAAUCGAACAAUUGGCUCCAGUCAGACUGUGAUCUGUUUUUAGCUGAUAAUUUUCUGUGGUUAUUUUUGGUGUUGGUUUAUUUGAACGUACACCUAGUAGAAGUCAAUCAUGUGUUCUGAUUUUUUUUAUUACGACUACACUCAGGAAAAACAAACUCCAACUUUGAUACCUGCGACUGUAUUUGAAGCUAGCUUCGAUGCUGAAACUUUAAAAAAUGCUUUGAAAGAUGAUCUCGAUGAAGACGCCAUCAUCAAUGUGCUUACUAACAGAAGUAAUCGUCAACGAUUGGAAAUCGCAGCAGAAUUUAAAAAACUAUUCGGAAAGGAAUUAAUUUCCGAAUUAGAAGACGAGCUUUCGGGUGAUUUCAAAAAACUAAUGGUAGCAUUGAUGAAACCACCGGCCGAAUUUCUAGCCAAAGAACUCCAUAACGCUAUUUCAGGAAUUGGAACGAAUGAAAAAACACUCGUAGAAAUAUUAUGUACAGCUACCAACUUACAAAUUAACUACAUCAAGACCGCGUAUGAAAAAAAGUAUGAAAAACCCUUGGCGGAAGAUUUAGCAGAUGACACAUCAGGCAGUUUUCAACGUUUGCUCGUAUCAUUGCUAAGUGCCAAGAGAUCAGAAAUUGAGAAAGUCAACGAGGAAGCUGUCAAUCAAGAUGUUAGUGAUUUGGUAGCCGUGGGUUUGGGUUCAAAAUCGGGCGACGAGGAGUCAAUAUUUAAUACGAUCCUGUGUACUCGUAGUUACACUCAUUUGCGUAGAGUUUUCCAACAGUAUCGUCAAAUUGCUCAGUGCUCUGUGAACGAUGUUAUCGAGGAGGAGUUCAGCGGAGAUGUGAAGAUCGGAAUGUUGGCGAUUGUAUAUUCCAUGGAACAUAAAUCCGCGUUCUUCGCUGAACGUCUGCACGAUGCAAUGGUCGGGAUUGGAACCAAUGAUCGUCAAUUGAUCAGAAUAAUCGUCUCCAGAUGCGAAGUUGAUAUGUUUGAUAUCAAACAAGAAUACAAAAAACGCUACCAUAAAUCUCUGGAAGAAGAUAUUACCGAUGAUACAUCUGGAUAUUAUAGAAAAGCAUUGCUAUCCUUGAUCGAGGACUAAACGUUUUUGAUGACUUGAAAGUAUCCUACCUAUUUUCAUCUGUUACAAUUUACAAACCUCUUAAACUGUUUAUGCUUCAUUAUUAUUGAAAACUAAAAAGCUCAUAGAGUCAUAGAUCGUGGAUAUUUUAGAUUCAUGGCUCACAUUAAUUUUCAAUUAUAUUUGAUACUGUUUUUCACAGUUUUACAAAUUACCGCCUUUUUUCUGCUGAUUUUUUUUUCUUUAUAUUAUAGAUAUGGUAGGUACCUACCUAAGUACCUAUAUAAGUGAAUUCCUAUACCAUCGUCAUUUUCCAAUAACUAGGAUUUUAUUUAUUUAUUUGUUUGAAAAUCCGCUAUUUUUCAUGAAUUUUAUGGGUAGGUUCAGGUAAUGGCUGAAUGCUCAUUUGUGAAAUUUCAAUUUAUUUUAUUAUAUUUUUAUUUGGUAUUACUUACCUACAUUUAUUUUUAGAAAAAACAUGUGCUUUAUUCAUCUGAUUUUUCUUCGUUACUUGUAUGCAUUUUUUAAAUCAUAAUAAAUUCUUUAAUUAAAA